CAGAACGAUGGGGUUGCUCAACGUUGUGACAACGAUGUCAGAAUAUGCAUCGGGAGUAAACAUCCAAUUCCGCUGCCGUCUGGGCUUCGUGAAAUACUUGUUAAAGGCCUUCUUUUCUCAUCUCUUGCUGCUCUGCAAACUGUCACAUUCGCAAAAGCAAACUCCCGACAGCCUUUUUGAGGAAGAAGAAGGAGGAGGAGAGACUCACCCGUCUCCUGCAAUGGUUUCAUUGGUUCCAGUUCCAGUUUCAGUCGAGUCGAUAACUGCCGCUGCAAGUAUCAAACGGCAACUGUCAGUGGAUGAAUACAAUCGUGUUGCGGUAAGGAUGAAGAAUGAGAAUGAUGAUAACCACGAUGAUGAGGAUCCACGUUGCGCAGUUUGUUUAGACAACUUCGAGGGGAGUCAGGAGGUGAGGCAACUCCUCAAUUGCCGACACGUCUACCACAGACACUGCCUUGAUGCUUGGGUUGAGAAGGGCCACCUGACGUGUCCCCUUUGCAGAGCCAAGUUGUUGGCGGCGGAGGAUCGCAUGGAGGAGGAGGUGGUACCCCGGGAUCCAUGGAGGUCGGAGAGGAUGAUGUACUUGUUUGGCGAGGACGUUUUAUUUUGAUUUGAUGACCAUCCACCAAGACUUCACUUAAGGAUCUGUCAUCCACUUCUGAGAGGAAAAUUGAGAAUAUCGAAUGUAAAUAUUCAUUUGUUUCAUGCCCAUACGUUAGAAACCAUCGAUGUACUUGUAUACAUACAGAUAUAUGCGUGUAAUGCGAGUUGCAGGAGCAAAACUAUAGUGCUAAUAAUAUCAGCAAAGUCCCAUUACGGAAGGAACUUGGGUCUUGCUUAAUUUGGGAUCAAGAGCU